GGCAAGCCACUUGAUUUCCGUGGUUCGGAUAAGUAAAAAAAAGUAAAAAAAGUAAAAGAACAAACAAACAAACAAACAAACAAACAAGCAAUGGCCUCGGACUCGGAAAGCUCGGCCCCGCCGAUCGACGAUGUACCCGUAGCCGGCGAGCAGACGGCGCUGUUGUCAGCGACGAAGCCCGGCGAUGCGCAUACGCCUCAUAGGAGCGCGGCGCCGCGGGAGACGGGUGGGAGGUGGGCUGUCGGCAUCCCCCGCUCCCCCCCACCCCACAACCAGCACCUCCUCCCCCAAGCCAUCGCGCACCGUGGCUACAAAGUCGCCGCCCCCGAGAACUCCCUGCUCGCCUUCUCCCUCGCCGUCGACGACGCGCGCGCCCACGCGGUAGAGACGGACCUGCACCUCUCGCGCGAUGGCGUCGUGGUACUGUCGCACGACGCGACGCUCAAGCGGUGUUAUGGGCGCGAUGAGAAGGUGUGUGAUCUAGACUGGGAGGGGGGCUUGAGCGAGUUGAGGACGACGAGGAAAGUGGAAGGGAAGGGGGAAGGGGAGCCGAUGGCGAGGUUGGUGGAUUUAUUGGUGCUGCUGAAUGAGGGGGGCAGGGAGGGUGUGUGGGUUAUGCUUGAUGUUAAGAGAGACAACGAUCCGACCGAGAUCAUGCGCAGGACAGCAGAGACGAUUGCUUCAGUCCCCGGGGUCCGGCCGUGGAACGAGAGGAUAAUGAUAUGUUGCUGGAGCGCCCAAUUCAUCAAAGCCGCCCAAACCCACCUCCCCGCCUACCCCCUCGCCAACGUCGGCGUCUCCACCUUCUACACCCGCGCCCUCUCCUCCCACCUCCCCCACCUCUCCCUAAGCAUGCUCCGCUUCCCCCUCGCCAUGCCCCUCCUCGGCCGCAUCUUCAUCCGCGACAUGCGCCGCAAGGGCCACCCCAUCCACGCCUGGACCAUCAACGACGAGGGGUGGAUGCGCUGGUGCGUGCGCAUGCGGUUCGACGGCGUCAUCACCGACGAUCCCAAGACCUUUUUGGCGGUUUGCGCGGAGAUGGGCGGGGACGGCGACGACGAUGAGGCCAAGAGACAGAAGGAGGAAAGGGAAAGGAAGGCGGGAAGAGGAGGAGGAGGAGGAGGAGGAGAGAGGGGGGGCAUAAGGGGUUUGAUCACGUCGCCGGUAACGUCAGCGAGGAGGAGAGCCAAGGCGUGCGUGGAGUGGGCGCUGCAUCUGGUUAUCAUCGCGACGAUAAUGGUGGUUUAUUUCUACAGGUGGGGGUUUCCGGGGAGGUCGGUGAGGAAGACGUUGGAGGGUUAGUUAGUUAGUUAGAUUCAUUCCAAGGUUUGGUAGGUAAGAAGAUUAGGUGAUAAUUCUGCUGGGGGGGGGGGUUUAAGGAUCUUACUGCGUAGGUGGUCUU